AAACAAGCAACAAAUGUAUUAAUCAUAACACUUAUCAUAACACAUAUACUUCAUGUGAAUCGUGUUUCGCUGUUAUUAUAGUUUUUAAAAAACAAAAAGUUUUUAUUUAGCGAUGAAUUGAGUGAACAAAUUGUGAACCUUUUGACAGACAUUUCCAAAGCGUUUGUAAUUUAGUACUCAUUUCCGAUGUAUUGAUUGCUAUAUGAAUGGCCGCUAAUAGUGAUAAUCAAAGUAUGGAUCCACUGGUGAACGUGACCAACACGACAGACAUCACAAACACCACAUCCACUCAUUUCUGUCAAUGGAUUCUCUACGAAGAGAUCUCGCACUCGAGGUUGAGGAUUUGGGACGCAAUCAUAUUUGUGCCAAAUGUGGCGUUUCUGGUGUUCCUGUUGCUGAGGCUGAGGUCAACCAAACUGAGACUAAGACAGACCACUUCUCCCAUAUUCGCCACAUUUUACCUCUUGGUCUGCAUCAACGUCACCACCAGUCUCUUGAGAUGUGUCAUCUCCAUGUUAGUCAACGUUACCUCUCCUGCCGGUGAUAUCACCGAUAAGGUGUUUUGGGUGAUCGUUAGGUUCUUCCUAUUAUCCACUGAGACAUCGGUACUGGUGUUCGGGCUGGCGUUCGGGCACCUGGACUCUCACACGUCCAUCCGUAGGGUAUUACUGGUCACGUCGUUCAUAUCGCUGGCGUACAGCAUAUGUCAGGGCUGUCUGGAGAUCGUGGCGCCCGACGAGUCCUUCUACAUAAAGGAUAGGGAUUACUAUCUGUUCAGUCACGGAGGUAUGAUCUUCUGGUUCUGCACGUGUCUACUGUUCGCCAUCAUCUACGCCACGGUAUUCCUACUGCCGUGGACGCCGUGUCGCCAACGCAUACCACUUCCAACCAAACAGUCGUUUUACGUGUACGCGUGUCUGCUAUCGGUGCUGAACCUGAUCCAAGCGGUGGGCAGUGCGCUGUUCUUCUGGGGCCGGGUGGAGGGCCUGUGCGUAGUGGACGUCACCACCUACUUGUACUUCACGCUCUUCACGCCACUCGUCUACUGGACAUUCUUGGGACCCUUCUUCGCGUCGACCGCAUCGGUCAUUAUGUUCUCAUAUAAGCCUCAAUUGGACGACAAUAUGGACGAGUCGUGCGGAGGGGCGGCGGCCGCCGGUGCCGACGACAGCGGGGGCCGCGGCGUCGACAGUCUGCUGACGCACCAGUUGUCGUGUUCGUCGCUCAAGACAGUGGACACGGAGUUCGUGUAUCAGCGGAAUAACAGUGAGCUAUACGAGAGCACGCAGUUCACAGCGACGACCAGCGCCGCGGGCUCCCUGUGCUCGCCCAGUGACAGCAUUACAUCGGAAUCACAGUUUAAACAUAUGAUAACUUAAUUUUACAGUUCAUAAUUAAUAAUAAUAAUAAUAUUUUAUGUACAGAAUUACAAAUGCUAAAUGUUGUGUUAAAUGCAAUCAAACAUUUUUGUUUGCUUUGUUUCGUUUAUCUAAUUAAUAAAAACGUUUAAUACAAUUAA